AUGCUGGAGGCUCCGCGGCCGGAGACCAGCCCCAUCGCGGUGGCUGUGAUCCCCGAAACCCGCGAGGAGGUGGCGGACAUCCGCGGAGCGCAGCUCGCUCCGGGAGGCUCCUUGAUCGGCUGCCUGCUGCCGGGGGCCCCGGGCCUCCCGCUGCCGGGGGCCCCGGGCCGACUGCUGCUGUGGGACCCUGCGGACAGAGGCGCUCCUCCGGCGGCUGUGGACGCUUCCUGCACCGAGUUCUCCUGGGAGGAGCAGAGCGUCCACAGUCGGGGCGUCAGCAGACUCCUGGCUGUGGGACCUCAGUGUGACCUGAAGCUGCUGGAGGUGGAGGUCGAACCAUCAGCCGCCCUCGCUCUGCUCUGCGUCUCUGGAUGUGCUGCGGACCUCCUGCUGCAGGCUGUGAGACAGCAGGACCACAGUGUGGUCCAGCUGCAGUCGCUGCGUCUGUUGUCGUUCGCCGCCGGCCGCAGCUGCGUGUUGCUGAAUGAUGAUUGGCUGCUGCAGCUGCAGUGGCUGCAGGCGGAGGCGGAGCCACAGAUAUUAACCUGCUGCAGCAUCCAGCCGCCUGAAGGCGACAGACACUCAGCUGUCAGUCACUGUGUCUGUAGAGACACACUGUUCACCCUCAGCGCCGCUGGAAUCAUCUCUGUGUUCAGGAUCUCUGACGGCCUCCUGCUGGCCAGCGUUGAUAUCCCUCUGUACCUGAGCUCCGACCUGGAGGAGGACGAGGUUGUCUCCUCCUCUCCAGCCUCCUCCUCCUCCUCCUCCUCCUCCUUCUGCCUCCUCCAGGUGUCGGCUGACCUCAGCACAGCCGUCGCCGUCACUCAGUCUCACGCUGCCGUCGGCGUGGACCUCGACCACUACUUCAGGAUGUGUCCAGACCACCUGAUCUGUGCCGUUCCGCCGGCUCGCCCCGACCUCGGGCCAAUGAGAGACCAGGACGGUCUGUCGAGCUGCCGCCUCGCCGCCCUCGGAUCGACCUUCAGUACUGACCGUUCCUGGGAAGCUCAUCUGGCCUCCAUGUACAGCAGAGCUCAGCAGGCUCCACCUCCCUCCACCUCCUCCACCUCCUCCCAGCCUGCCGGGAUGCCCUGGUCCUCCUCCCUCCCUCACCUGGAGUCCCACCAGGCUCCGUCCUCGGCCCACAGCCGAGUCCCUUGCGGCGGAGCAACCGUCAGCUUCUCCGUCCCUGAGUCCUCCGCCCCGUGUCUGCUCUCUGUCUCCGGGUUCUCUGCCCUGCUGACCUUUGUCUGCCCCGGAAACAGGCGGACCACAGUAGCCUCCUGGGAUUUUGCCUCCGGGAGUGUGAGCCUCCACCAGGAGGAGGAGGAGGAGGCGGCUCCUCUCCUGCGCUGUGGAGAGAGACAGCACAGACUCCUGCUGAAGAAGGCCGGCGUGUUCCAGGUCUUGUUCUCUGUUUCCCAGCAGGACCUGCUCAGCAGCUUGAUGCUGUUUGGAAGUGCAGCAACAGUAGAUGCAGUGUGUCACCUGAACAGCUGGGGGCGCUGCUCCAUCCCCAUCCACGCCCUGCAGGCCGGACUGAAGAACCGUCAGCUGGACACGGUGGACUUCUACCUGAAGAGCAAAGAGAACCUUCUGAACCCGUCAGCAGAUCAGCUGACGGCCUCCACGCCGAGCCUGACCCACUGUGUCCAGGAGUUGUGUCCUGCGUUGGACCUGCUGUGUUCGGCCGUCAGAGACUCGAACAGUGAAGCUCAGAGUCGACAGUUUUCAGAACAGUUGCUCAACUUCACCUUGAACUUUGUCAACACACAGAUCCGCUCUGUGCUGUCCAGCUCCCACUACGAGGACGCAGGUGUGCGGAGCUGCGUGGACGUGCUGGACCGCUACGUCACUGAGCUGAGGAGCUACAUGAAGAGAUAUCCCUGGCCAGCAGGGGGCGACGUCUCCUGCACCGACUCUGCUGCUCCAGCCCAGGAGGAGGCGCUGGAGGACGAAUGGGAGCAGCUCCCGACAGAGGAACUGGUCCAGCGAUCCAUCCUGACCAAUCAGAUCCCCAGAGCUCAGGCCAUCCUGAGGAGGCGGAGCCGCCCGGAGCAGCACCUGUGGGCUCUGAGGAGGGAGGGGCUGCGGCAGGUCUUCUCCCGCCUGCAGCAGCGAGACGUGGAGACGGCCACCGCCCUCCUCGUCAACAUGGGUUUCAGUGUGAAGAAGCAGCUCCACAGUUUCUGUCUCUACACGGACGACAAACACCUGAGGGAGUUUGUGGUGGAGGAGCUGUCAAGGCGGAGUUAUUUAGCAGAGGAGGAGAUGCAGAGUGUGAUGUUCAUCAGGCAGAUGGAGAAGCUGGGAUCAGUGUUUCCAUCUCGCUGCCCUGCAGACUCCACAGGGCUCAGGGUCGUUCAGAUGGUUCCCAGGGAGCCGGGAGGCGGGGCCGAGGAGGUCCUGGAGGAGCUGGUGGGACAGAGGCGGUCUGAGGAGGAAGCAGGGCUCUGGCAGAACGUCCGAUUGGACUGGGUGAGGAACUGGGACCAGAGCUGUCAGACCGGCGUCCUCCUGUCCCGACUGCAGCACACAGAGUUGAGCUCCUGUGACCCCGCCGUGCUGUGGCGUUACCUCACCGCCCUCCACGACCAGCACCGGGUGUUGGACUGGAUCCAGAACCAAGAGACCGCUGGCGCCUCCCUGUGGCCAGAGUUGGUUCCAGAGCUGGUGAACAACAACACACUGUGCAGCACGUACAUGAGGGAGCAGAUCCUGGACCUGCUGGCCAGACGAGGCCGCUUCAUCCCGGAGGAGCUGGAGGAUCUGGAGAAGCUGCUGUGGCGGCUGGCUCAGGGCGGGGGGGCGAUGGCUUCGUCUCCUCCCGUCCCUCAGUACCGCUCGGCGCUCGGCCUCGACCUCCACGGCCUCGUCAUCACCUUCUGUCUGGACCACGGCCUGAAGUACCUGCUCUACACCUACCUGGAGCACUACAGGUUGACUCCCAGGAACUGCCCCGUCCUGACCAAUCAGAGCCUGUCUGAGAGUCAGCCCUGGUUCGAGAUGAUGGUGAAGAUCCAGGAGAUCACCAGGGAUCUGUCAGACCCUCGCCUGCUCUUCCAGGCCUGUUUGACCAGCGCUCAGGUUCUGCUGCCGGGCAGUCAGGCGUCUCUCAGCAGCCUCCUGCUGGAGGGACACAGUCUGCUGGCGCUGGCUGCCAUCACCUUCGCCCCCGGAGGAAUCGACCAGGUGGUGGUCCAGGGGUCAGAAGGCUCAGGGAGGACAGUCGACCCUCAGCUCCUGAAGAUGGCGCUGGCCCCCCACUCCAAGCUGAAGGCCGCCCUGUUCCCCCCCGGGCCCCGGGGACACAGCCUGUCCUCGGACAUCUCUGUUUACCAUCUGCUGCAGUCGCUCCAUCCUCUGGACCCGUCCAGGCUGUUUGGCUGGCAGGCGGCCAACACCCUCAACUCCACCGAGACGUCUGAGCUGCCUCACUUCUCCAGCCCUCACCUGGUCAACAGGUUCGCUCUGGUGGAGAACCUGGACUUCCUGUACUACCUCCGUCACGGCCGGCCGUCCUUCGCCUUCGCCACGUUCCUCGUCCAGCAGCUGAGCAGCUGCAGCGACUCCACGCUACUCUGGCAGCAGGCCCGGCAGCAGGUGUACCGGUUUGCUCUGCAGUGUUUCAACGUCCCGUCGGUGACGUCUGCAGCCGUUUGUUUCUGUGAGCUGCUCGGAGUCUGCAGCCUGCGCCUGAGAGUCGACCUCAGAGCCAUGAACUCCAUCCUGCAGCACUGGAGCCAACACAACACACACACUGCCCCCACACAGAGGCUGCACACUCUGGGAGUGAAGUUGGCAGAGGCGGAGCCUGGCGCAGCGGAGCAGCUGAUUGGUUACCUGGAGGCUGCAGUGGCGGACAGCGUGGAGCAGAGGGGCGUGGCCAGGUCGUCAUACGAGGCGUCUCAGGAGUGGGCGGUGCCAGUUCAGUUCUGUCAGCUUCACAGUCUGGAGCUCAGCUCUGUUUACCCCGCCCACUGCGCCGAUGACGGACAGUUUGUCCACUUCCUGUUGUUUGUUGAGCUGCACAGUUUCCCGCCCCAGCAGGUGAGGUCACUGGUGGCUCGGUUUGGCCCCGCCCUCCAGGCUCACCUGAGCCUGGCGUUCCAGGAGCUGCAGCUGCACCGUCAGAGGAGGAGCAGUGGAUCUGAGGAGCAGCCGCAGUGUGGGAGCACAGAGAAGGCCUCUGGGGGUCCGGAGCCCCUCAGGGAGCUGUUCCAGGUCCUGCUGCAGAGCCAGGAGGAGGCGUCGCCCUGCAGGUUCCUGCUGCACGAGGCGCUGGUGCAACGCUGCCCCACACUGGCUGUGCUGGCUGCCUGUCAACAGGGGGCGGAGCUGCUGCCCUGCCUGUGUGCGUGGGUGUUGACCUCUGUGAAUGAUGUCACACUGAGUGAAGCCACCGCCCACCUGCUCGAAGCUCCACAGCACCACGAGUGGACCCUGCACGACCUGUCAAUCAUCUGGAGGACGCUGCUGGGGCGGGGCCACGUCAGGCCCCUCCUACGAGGCUUCGCUCUGUUCCAGAGGGACUGCCCCCUGGUGCUGGUGCUCAGGAUGUUCGAGCUGUGUUGUGACUACAGGAACUUCUCCGAGGCCAAAGUGAAGCUGCUGGAUUUCCAGAGGACGCUGAUCACUCUGAGAAACCGUGGGCCGGUGCCCCCUGGUGGACUCCCCCUGCAGUGGGUGGAGAGCCAGGCCUCGGUGCUGCUCCUCACGAUGCUGCAGCGCUGCUCCUCCCAGUACGACCUCCACCGCCUGCUGCAGCUCCUGGCCGACGUGGACAAGCUCCUCAAGUCCAACGGUCCAGACUUCAGGAAGCUGUCGCGGCUCAGUCAGUUGCUGCAGGGCUCAGACGUCAGCUUGUCUCCCAGGCUGCUUCAGUGCAGUUCACCCUCUGUCCAGCAGGAGGAGUUCCAGGCUGCUGUGGACGCUCUGCAGGCCAGGGGGCGCUACACUCAGGCCAGGAAGGUGGCGCUGCUGGCCGACCUGCCCGUCCACCACCUGCUGCUCAGCCAGCUCCUUCAGGAAAUGAACUCCCAGAAGUCCAAGACAACGUGGAGGAGGUUGGAGACCCGGGUCAGUUUCUGGAGGAGUUGUCAGGAGCAGCUGAAGAGCGACAGCACUGAUCCAGGAUCAGCCUCCUGUUUCUUCUUGUCGCAGGCUGAAGCCUCAGAUUCCUCAGCAGCUGCAGACGUUCAGACGGAGCUGCUGGACGUCCAGGAGCGCUGCCUCCUGCUGGGCCUCGCUGCUCACUGGCUCUCCCAGCUCAGCCCGACUCCCAUCGACCAGCUGGAGAGCAUGGAGAAGAAGCUUUGGAUCAGCCGGGUGCGGCAACACGUCCUCGCCGUGGCCAUGGAGCAGGAGAGCGUCUUCAACCUGCCACCGCCCGCCGUCGCACCGGAAAUGAACAAGUAUGAAGUUCUCAUGAAGGAGUUCUCCUUCUCCAACAUAUCAGCUCUGAACACGGAGACCUGCCUCCGUCUGGACGGACUGCCGGGUCGCUCCGAGGAGCAGGAGGAGCAGGAGGAGGAGGAGCAGGAGGAGCAGCAGGAGCAGCAGGAGGUGCAGGAGCAGCAGGAGGAGGAGCAGGAGGAGCAGGACAUCAACUCCGAGGAGAGGAGAGUUCUGGCUUCACUGAUUGGUCAGCUAUUAGAUGACGGCAGUAUCCAUGAAGCCAGCCGAGUCUGCCGCUACUUCUGUCUGCACCACCCAGACGUGUGGGUGGUGCUGCGCUGCCGAGGGCUGGCGUCCGGAGAACUGAGCCCCGCCCCAAAGGAGGAGGAGUCAGAGGCGCCGCCGAGGAGGAGCAUCACCCCCUCGUCAUCGUUCGGCAGCCUGUCGCUCGCCAUGACUCCGCCCCCUGAAGACGAGGUCGCCGCCCAGCUGCAGCGACUGGUGGAUCAGUGCUGCCAUGGCAACAACUACUGCAAACAGGUCCUGAGCCUCUACCAGCUCUCCAAGGAGCUGCAGAGCUCGUUCAGUCACAUCUGCCUCCAGGAGCCGCGCUCGGUGCUGGAGCUGCUGCUGCAGUCGGAUCAGCCCGAGCGCUUCAGGAAGGCUCAGGCCUUCAUCCGGGCCCAGGGCCUCUCCACAGACACGGUGGCCGAGCUGGUCUCCUCCGCCGUGGCCCAGGCGCUGCUGGCCUCCGCCCACGACCUCCACCCGGAGAAGCAGGUAUUCCGGCCGUCGGAGGGGCGGGACUCGCUGCUUCAGCUGAUCAAACUAUGUGAUGACCCGAAUCUGGUGGGAAUCAAACUGCUGGAAAACGUCAACGUGGUUCAACUGAGAGACCUGAGCUGCAUCGUGGAUCUGCUGAUCGCUGCUCACGACUGUUUCAGUCUCACCUGUAACAUGGAGGGAAUCGUCCGGGUGCUGCAGGCCGCCCGUCACCUCAGCCACACCUACCUGGCCCCGGGGGAGCACUACGGCCUGCUGGUGCGUCUGCUGACAGGCAUCGGCAGAUAUGAUGAGAUGACGUACGUCUUCGACCUGCUGCAUCAGAACCAUCGCUUCGAGAUGCUGCUGAGGAAGAAGGUGGACAUGGACCGAGGACAGAGCUCCAGUCUGAAGACGGCCCUGCUGGACUACAUCAGGCGCUGCCUCCCUGCAGACAGCGAGAAGCACAACAUGGUGGCGCUGUGCUUCAGCAUGAGGAGGGAGAUCGGAGAGAACCACGAGAUGGCUGCCAGGACGCAGCUGAAGAUCAUCGAGUCUCAGGAGUGGGUCGUCACGCCGGAUCUGAAGAGCUCAUUGGUCAAAGUGUUGGGUCUGUUGAAGGACGCAGCUGAGAGCUUCUCCAAGGACUCGUGUGUGCGUCAGGCGACUCGCUGUGUCCUCACAGCUAAGCUAGUCGCUCUUCAGCUCCACUUCCUGAACCAGGGCUCAGACGUACGUGUCAUCAACCUGCGACCUGCGGUGCUGCUGAACACGCUGGUCCAGCUGCCGCGAUGCUACCAGGUGUUUGUGGUGUCGGAGGCGUACGGCGUCAGUCCCGACUGGGCCGAGGUUCUGUUCCAGAAGGUGAUUCUGAAAGGAGACUUCGUUUACCUGGAGGAGCUGAAACGCCACCGCCCGCUGACCUCCAGCCUGUUCGAGGACAUUUUCAAGAAACUGGAGGGCGCUCCCAGCAGCGUCACUGUGCACGUGAAGCGCCUGCUGACGCACUGCGAGGACGUGUACAGCCGCUACAGACUGGCCUACCAGCAGAAACUGGACCACGUCACCAAAACCAUGCUGCAGGACGCAAAGACGUCCAACUACCUGAACGACAGACUGGCCAGCUGAUCCGCUGAGCCACUGGUCUGUCAAAGAAGAACUUUACAAAACUUAUUGAGCAAAUAGAAGUUUGUUCUCUUAUCUUCUGUGGAGAUUAAAAUCUGAUGCUCUCAGCGAAACAUCCCUGUUAGUUAAUAUGAAAAAGAUGAAAUGUUACAAGCUGAGAAUCAACAGAAAACCUUCAUGAAAACUUCUGUGAACAUGUAAAUUAAAGAGACUUUUUAAACGGC